AUGCAAGAUCAAAAUGCAUUAACUAGAGCUAUUCCAAGUACUAGGCAAGGUAAACCAUAUACAUUCUAUCAAUUACAUCAAAACAAUAUUACCAGUGAAGAACUAUAUUCAUGGUCAACAUCCAUUGAUGUGGUAGAAGAUUAUGAAAUCUAUUUGAAUAGCAAAAUCAAAACUUCAGAAACAUCACAAAGCGUAUUCUACAAUUGUUCAUUGGGUUGGUUUGGACGAACAUGUCAGUAUACAUUUAUUAAAGGUUUGUCUUUCGUGCGACCAACAUUUAUCGAUUUCGUAACGCAAGUUUUCGACGUCAAACGAACAGCUAGUGAGCUCUUAUAUCCAAAUCCUAGUGACCACACAAUCUAUUCGUGUUAUACACAUAUUAAAUGUGAAAGAGAUUUACCAGAGAUUUGUCUCGAUUGGCGUGAAAUAUGUGACGGUAAAGUUGACUGUGUGAACGGUGGUCAAGAUGAAAUGUUUUGUGCCGAAUUGGAAAUAAGUGAUUGUGCUGAAAAUGAAUAUCGUUGUCAUUAUGGUGGUCAAUGCAUACCUAAAGAAAUGUUUCAUGAUGAUGAAUUCAAUUCAGAUUGUCUCGAUGGUACAGAUGAACCAGAACCAUUUUUUGACUCAAUCUGCGUUGGUGAUCCAUCUUUUCAUUGUGAAGAAAGAUCAUGUCGAUAUUCACUAUGUGAAGUGAAUUCAACCGAAAAAACUCAAAUUCAAGUACCACCAUUUAGUUAUCUAUGUGAUAGAUUUGUCGAUAUUGAUGCAAUCGAUAAUGAAACAGAUGAAACUCAUUGUGAAAAUUGGCUAUGUGACAAUGUAUAUACACGAUGUGAUGGCGUAUGGAAUUGUUUGAAUGGAAUCGAUGAAAGUAAUUGCAAAGGUUCACCUUGUCCAUCUUAUACUCACCCGUGUCUUUUGCCAGCCAAUAACACAAUGAUUUGUUUACCUCUAUCAAAAGUAAAUGAUAAUCAUAUAGAUUGUCGAGGUGCAACAGACGAGCGUUGGUUUUGUCAACAACUAUAUCCAAGUUAUACUACAUCCCGUUACAAAUGCUGGAAUGAUAGCAAAUGUAUCAAUACAAGGCAUCUAUGCAAUUUAGAACCAGAUCAUCCGUACGGUAGAGACCAGUUCAUAGACUGUGAUUUACAUGAGGAUGAUGAACAAUUUUGUCCAACACACUAUACACCUUAUAGUAUUUGUGAACCGGAAUAUUCUGAUGAUCGAACGAUCAAAGAGAAAAUUCUUUGUGAUUUAGCCGAAAAGUAUCCUCGUGGUAGUGAUCGAUUGUAUCGGGAAGACCUUCAUCUCAAGUUAACCUAUAGCGGGUAUUAUCCAACCGAUUUAUCAGAUAAAAAAGAAAUCACAUUUGACAUGAGUCAAAAUUCAUCUAUCAAAUUGAUACAAUUCAAUAAACCUGCUUUACCUGAAAUUGAUUUUGAAACUGCAUGGUUUUGCAACCGAGGUAUUCCUAUUAUGGUAAGUUCACAACGAUAUUCAAUGUGUCUUUGUCCACCAAGCUAUUAUGGUAAUCGAUGUCAAUAUCAAAAUCAACGUGUAAGCUUGACACUUCAAUUUCAUACAAUUCAUUCUCCAUUCAUGUGGAGAACAAUUGUAUUUCAGUUUUUCAUUAUGUUGGUUGAUGAAGAAAAUACUAUUCAAUCAUAUGAACAAAUUACUUAUUCUCCCAUACGUGAUUGUAAUAUUAAAUACAACAUCUAUUUACUAUUUAAAGAUCGACCAAAGAAUCAAUCGAAGACUUAUAAUGUACGUAUAGAUGCAUACAUCAUGAAUAAUCUUACCUAUCAUGGAAGUUGGUAUUUAUCUAUACCGUUUCCAUUUUUACCAGUCAAUCGUCUAGCUUCUAUUGUUACUAUUCCACUUCGAGCACAACAGAUACAGAAUGAUUGCGAUGAAAACAUUUGUGGAAAGCAUGGUCGAUGUAUCUAUUAUUUUUCAUCGAAUAAUUUUUUUUGUCAAUGUGAUACUAAUUGGAAAGGACGUUGGUGUCAUUUAAAGAGACAUUCCGAUGACAAAUGUCGUUGUUCACCGAAUUCAUUAUGUAUUGAGCCAGGCAUUUGUCUGUGUACUUUAAAUCGAUUUGGAUCUCGAUGUUAUUUAACAAGAUCAUCAUGCAAAUUAAAUAGCUGUUCGAAUCGAGGGCUUUGUCUAUCGGAUGAUCAACGUAUAUCCGAAUCUAAUUUUACUUGUAUUUGUAACGAAGGCUAUUGGGGCAAAGAAUGUGAAAAAAUAUCAACAUUUGUUGAUAUUUUUUUCUCAAAUAUACCUAUUCCACAGGCAAUAUAUGCUCAUUUAAUACGAGCAUACGAGAACAAUACAGCAGCGCAUCAACGAAUAACUACAUUUACGAAAAUACCACUUGAUCGAAAUUUUGUAACAUUAAAAAUUUCUUCGUUAUUUAACAUUCUAUUCAUUGAAUUUGAUAAAGCAUACUACUUAGCUGUUAUUCAAGAAGAAAUUCUCUUUCGAAAUUAUAUUCGGACAGAAAUUAAUCCAUCGCGACAGUGUUUAUCAAUUGAUAAAUUAUUAAAUUCACUAGAAUUAACGUUAUCUAUACUUCAUCGAGUGAAAUACUAUCAUCGCAUCUGUCAAAAUCAUCAACAAUUCUCUUGUUUUUACGAUGACAUAUACAUGUGUUUAUGUAAUCUUGAACGACAAGCUAAUUGCUUCUCAUUUGAUCAUAACAUGACAUAUGAUUGUGCUGGUCGAUUUUAUUGCGAAAAUCAUGCUCAAUGUUAUCAAGAUCAUCCAACAUGUCCAAAACAGUUGUUAUGUGCUUGUCCAGAUUGUUUCUAUGGUGCGCAGUGUCAAUUUUCAACAAAAGAUUCCUCGUUUUCAAUGGAUAUAAUAUUAGCUUAUCACAUUCGACCACAUGUUUCGUUUGCAGAUCAAUCUUUUCCGGUCAAAGUUAGUCUAGCGAUUACAAGUGUGAUUGUUUGUUUAGGCUUGAUUAAUGGUAUAUGUUCAGUGAUGACUUUUGCAAACAAGCGAUUCUAUCAAGUCGGUUGUGGUAUUUAUUUAAUCGCGAACUCGAUUGUUUCGUUUUUUCCAAUAAUUAUGAUUGGAUUUAAACUUACCUCUCUCAUAUUGACACAAACGUUUGCCAUUAAAAAUCGAACAUAUAUUUUAAUUAGUUGUAUUCUUAUCGAUUUUCUUCUUGAUACUACUUUAAAUAUAGGGAAUUGGUUAAAUGCAUGUGUGGCGAUUGAACGAGCUAUUAAUAUUUGUCGUGGAGUCAAAUUCAACAAAAACAGAAGCAAAAAAAUUGCAAAAUGGACUAUUGUUAUUCUUAUUCUAUUUAUUAUCUUAACAGCAUUGCAUAAACCAUUUUAUCGUGAAUUAAUUAAUGAUGAAGAUCAAUAUGAUAGGCGCACAUUAUGUGUUGUUACGUACUCUCCUUGGAUAAAACAGUAUGAUAUAACGAUUAAUAUUAUUCAUCUGUUUACACCAUUUAUUAUAAAUAUUAUCUCUGCAUUAAUAAUCAUCAUUAUUGCUGCUCGAAAACGUUCAUCAGCUCAAACUCAUCUUACUAGAAAGCAACAUUUAAAAAAACAAUUGGAUGAACAUAAACAUCUAUUGAUUUCACCAAUUAUUCUAGUUCUAUUGGCAUUACCUCGUUUAAUAUUAGUACUCUUUUCAGGUUGUAUGAAGUCGGUUCGUAAUCCAUGGUUUUUCCUUACUGGCUAUUUUGUUUCUACUUUACCUUCAAUCUCUAUUUUUAUCACAUUUGCACUGCCUUCGAAAAUGUAUAGGAAAAGCUUUACCGAAAAGACUCGACAAUUCUUAACAACGAGCAACACUUAAUCAUCCAGAACGUAACUGAAAUUCAUGACAGCACUCAAGCUUGUGUUCAAAAUAUCUUCUCAUUUUAACCUUUAUUAAGACAUAUAUUUAAGAGACAACCCAUGAGACUACUGAACAUAGCUCAACAGAGCCGAGCUAAGGGUGAAGGGUGAGGCCUGACAUUUUGUAGUUAUAUAAUACUAAACCUGAUCAAGGGUGUGGGUGUGGGUAUGAGUGUUGAUCAUCUUGUUAAUAAUACCC